AUGUCUCAAGUUAAAAGAUCUGCUGAGGACAUCGCUGUCGCUAAAUUCAUCAAGAAACAUAAAAAACAACUUAAAAACCCAGUGGAAGAUGGUAUUUCCAAUUGCAUAACCCGUGUUCCUAUCACUCUAUACCUAUCGCUGGCUCCAUUAUACUUACAGAACCCUGAACAAGGUAUCAUGAAACAACAUCUAAAUCCGAUGGUCAUGAAAUAUAAUAAUAAAGUCAAUGGUAUCAUUUUGGGUUACGACAAUCUAGAGAUAGUGGAUGCUGAUCCACUUGCUGAAGAGACAUCAAGUACGACCAAACUUGUAAAGAUUACUCCAGAUACACCAUAUGGUUUCACUUGGUGUACCGUUGAACUUUUUGUUUGGCAACCACAGGUCGGCGAUGUCCUAGAAGGUUAUGUAUUCAUCCAAUCUGCCUCCCACAUUGGUCUAUUAAUCCAUGAUGCGUUCAAUGCAAGUAUUAAGAAGAACAAUAUACCAUCUGACUGGACAUUUAUACGUAAUGAGGAACAAUUCACCGAAGAUACUGAGAACCAAGAAGAAUCGAAUACUGAGGACCAACCAAAGGUGCAUAAACCUCAUUCUAUGGGCUAUUGGGUUGAUGCUAAUGGUGAACAAAUCGAUGGUAAAUUGCAAUUCACUGUAAGGAAUAUUUUUACAACAGGUAGAGUUGUAUCAGUGGAAGGUACUCUUCUAGAGGAUAGCUUUAUGGAAAACAAUGCUCAUCGUUCUCAAGUCGAUAAUCUACCAGUUGUAUCUAACAAAAAAAUUGUAUUUGAUGAAGAAGUUGAAUCUGAAAAUAAAGAAAGUCACCAAGAACUAGAAUUACCAGAAGUCAAGGAAAACGAUGGUUCCGAGAUUGUUUAUGAACAAAACACAAGUUCUAGUGAUGAUAGUAGUGACAGUGAUAGCGAUUGA